AUGGAUGUCUUCUUGCUGGUCUUCAUUCUGGCAGUUCUGGGACUGUCCAUUGUGGCCAACAUCCGGCUGUUGCUGCACUACCAGCAGCCGGAGGAUGCUGGUUACACCUCCAUCGCGGUCAAGGUGGUGAUCGUGUCAAGCCUGACCCUGGCGUGGAUGGUGAAUCUUUUGCUGCCCAUCGAUGUGCGAAACUCCAGGCCAGCCCCGGGCUUCCUGGAUAUGCAGUUGAUCUGGAGGAGCAUGCUCCGCAGGUGA